UGAGGCUAACAUUCAGCUUUCCAAGAGAGUGGAAAAGUGAAUGGUAUGGUAUAACAUUAAAUCCAAAGAUAAGGGCCAGCAAUGGCAAUUCAUACAUACCUUGACUCCUUUAUAUAGUCAAGCACAUAGACAAGACAAUAUACAGCCAAACGAGAGACGUAUCUGCAAUCUCAUAGAAGUUAAAACCAAAUAACAGAACAAUAAUAAAAAAAAAUGAUGGGAAGUGACAAAAAGAUAGCAUUUUUAUGCAUGGUAGUAGCCUCACUGGUGAUGGCAUCUCAGGCUUCACUACAGCAAGAUGAACAGGAAUGUGCAGAGCAACUAACCAACCUUGCAGCUUGCAUUCCAUUUGUGAGCGGCACUGCCAAGAAGCCAACCGCAGAGUGCUGUCAAGACACCCAGAAAGUGAAAGCCAAUUCGCCUAAGUGCUUGUGUGUUCUCAUUAAAGAGAGUACUGAUCCCUCCAUGGGUCUUCCCGUCAACACCACUCUUGCCCUUCAGAUGCCUUCUGCUUGUAACAUCGAUGCCAAAGUCUCCGAUUGCCCUUCUAUAUUGAACCUCCCACCAGACUCGCCGGAUGCAAAGAUCUUUAAAGAAGCAGGUGAUUCAGACUCUAGCACCACAUCCUCCUCAACAGAUUCUCCACCAAGCUCUGCUUCUGCUUCUUCUGGAUCGUCAUCCUCAUCUUCCUCCUCUUCCUCUUCCUCAUCAUCUCCGGAUUCCAGUUCAAACUCUGACUCGAAGACACCUUCAAGCAGCAAUAAUGGAGCGAAGAAGAAGUUGUUUGGAGGAAGCAUAAUGAUGGCCUUGGCUGCAUGGAUGUUGAUCUGAGCUGGAUUAUUCAUGUAUGAAGAACAAAUUUAGAGGGUGAUUAUGGAACAAUUGUAAUUCUGGUAUUUCUAACUUUGUUUUGUUCCCUUCUAAAUUUCAUGGCAACUCAGAAUAAUGACAGGAGACUUGUCUUGCUAUUCAAAAA